AUGAUACGAUGGAAGAAUGGCCUUGUAGCAUGGGCAAAUGAUUGGGGAGUGAAAGUAUAUGAUACGAAUCAUGAUCAACGUGUGACGUAUAUUGAACGACCACCAAAUUGUCCACCCAUGGAGUUAUGUCAAUGUCAUUUAGAAUGGCACGGAACUGACGUACUCCUUGUAGCAUGGGCGCAUACAUUACGUGUCGUAACAUUUAAGAGAAAAGGUACAGAUGAAUCAUCAUCAUCGCCAACAUCAGCUGCGACGACAUUGGAUGCGCCUGAACAUUCUACUGGUGCUAUUACAGCGCAAGUGGUGGCACUACUUACGUUUGAUUUCUUUGUUGCUGGAAUAAGUCCGUGGGGUGGUGGAUCGGUCGUCUCAGUAUUGGCGUUCCGGCCUCCUGGAUCUGGAUCAUCAUUCAUAGGCCCACAAGGAAUGUCCACGAAAAUUGAAGGAGAAGGUGACAGCGGGGAAAUGCCGUAUCCAGAAGUUCACGUUAUACAGCUGGAUGGUAAACAAGUCAGCGCAGAUUUGUUGAAUCUCAAGGGCUAUCAGCGAUUGCGUGCAUCCGAUUAUGUGAUGCCUACUCUUCGCUACGCACAAGCACAGCAAUCGAAUGUGGAACUGACCGACCCAUCGUCACUUUAUGAUGCUGGAUACGGUCAACUUGCGUACGUGUGUACCCCAAAGGACGUUGUAAUCUGUCGACUUCGUGAUGCGGACGACCGCGUGCAGUGGGCAUUAGCGCACAAACAGUAUGCUAGAGCACUUGAUGUAGCUCUGCAUGAUCCACGUGCUCUUCGUUGCACAAUGCUCACUGAUGUGAUGGAAACAUACCUUGCUGACUUGCUGCGCCAGAAGAAAUUCCAGAAAGCCGCUGAGGAGAUCCAGCGGCUUUUUAUAGGUGACAGCGACGAAUACGCAAAGUUGUGGGAAAAGUACGUGUAUGUAUUUGCUCAGCGUGGGCAACUGAGCGCAAUUGCCCGCUACAUGCCAACGGCAAGCCCACGGUUGCCUAAGGUACAAUACGAGAUGGCACUGAAGCAUUUCCUUGAUUUGGAUCCAGGUCAGCUCCUUGAACUCAUCCGGAAAUGGCCAAAACCUAGGCGGCAAGAUGCCCUAAUGGUAAAACAGAAACUUGGAAGCGACACAUGUGAUGUUGCUCCGGAGUAUACCGAGACGACGCAUUUGUUUGAACCACUUUACGACGCCCAGGCAUGGAUCAAUCAGCUAGAGACAGUUGUGCGUCGGCGACGUAUUGCUGAGGCCGGCGCGGAUCGCUUGAGUGUGGAGACAAUGUAUCUGAUGGAGGCUUUAGCGGAAUUGUACACAGCUACAGAGCAGUAUGACCAUGCACUGCGUAUUUAUAUAAGUCAAGGCGAAUUUUGCUCAAACAAGGACUUCGCAUUCAAGCUGAUCACUGAGCACCAGUUGUGGUCUCUUGUUGCUAACAAAGUGGUCAAUCUCAUGCGUAUUGAUAAGGCAAUUGCAGUACGCAUGCUCGUGAACCAGACAGAGCAGCUCAAGAUAAGCGACAUAGUUGUCCAGCUUGAAGGAGAUCCUGAGCUGCUGCACUCUUAUCUUCACGAACUCGUUUUACACCGUUUGGGAGAGUACAAUUCGGAAAUCUACUCGACGCUGCACGAGAAGCAGGUGGCACUAUAUGCUGAAUAUGCACCGGAGUUCCUGCUUAAGUUUUUACAGAUAAGCAACUUCGUGCCUUUGGAGAAGGCGUAUAGGUACUGCAGUGAACACAAUCCUCCGCUAUGGGAUACAAUGAUUUACAUCCUUGGCCGCAUGGGGCAGCACAAGAAGGCACUCGAUCUCAUUCUGACACAGCGUAGUGAUAUCAAUCAAGCGAUUCAGUUUGUGCAAGACAAUGACGAGGGUCUGUGGGAUUAUCUCAUUGAUCUGAGCCUUACUAGCAAAAAGAACGUGGAGGAGUUGCUGAAGUUUGCCUCACAACACAAGAUUGACCCGAUCAGGCUCAUUCGCAAGGUACCUGAUGACAUGGAGAUUGAAAAUCUCAAGCAAAAGUUAAUCGUGAUCAUCACCAACUAUCGUCUGCAGCAAAAUCUCUGCGUUGGCUCUCGCAAGGUGUUUGACAAUGACCGUGUGGAACUGCUUCACCGACAAGUCGCAGCGCACAAACGUGGACGUUGUGUUGCAGCAAAGAAGGCGUGUGCAAUCUGCAGCGAACUGCUGCGCGCACCAUCUUCAGGCAUGGAAAACGUCCACGCGUGUGUAUUUGAGUGCGGCCACUGCUACCAUCUUUCAUGUCUUGAAGAGAAGAUGCGCAUGUGGAAAAGUGCUGACGUCGUGGAGUCAGGCAACCUGAAUCGCGCGUUGGGCUGUUACGUGUGCGACCACAGUACGCGUGCUUACGCUCGUUCCGGUGAUUUCAACCAGCAGACGGCUGCUUUGACGGGACCACUGGCACGAGGAGUCACCGAGGAGCAGCUGCAGCGAGCCAAGGAUAUUGUCUUGAACAUGACAAGUAAAGCAGAGUAA